UUAGACAGGCCACCAAAUAAAUGAUUAACUCUUCAGGUUAACAAUGUUCAUGCAAAUCCAUAAGAGCUACUGUCCAUCAAAUUGAACUUGAUUGGAUAGAAUUUAGAGAUGGAGAAGGAACCUAAGAGGCUUCUAUAUGGCGCAACUCCAUUGGUGUUCUUGCUUCUCAUCACCCUGCUUUACACACAAUUAUUUGCAUCAACUUCUCUUCCCUUCAACAGAUGGAUGCAACGAUUAACGAACUGGAAAGUUACUGACAGCACGUUGAGUGAAGCGAUAAAAUGUCAGGAAUCGUUCAAGCCUAGUUUAAGAAAGCUACUAAAAGGAGAAGACCAGAGCAAGCUUGAAGCUAAUGGUUUUGCAUGUGAUCUUGAUUUCUACUCUAUGGUAUGUGUUGCAAGUGAACCAUUCUUGAGGAUUGACACUACAAGAAUGACAGUUGAGAUGCUACUAAAUCAGACCUGUCCACAAGAUAAACCAGUGAGGAUUAAACCAUACGCGAGGCAAGAUUCUAGUGUGAUUCUGAAAGAUACGACACCGGUUGAGAUAAUGCAACAGAAUAUAAGCAGUUUAGCAGCUUGUGAGUACAAUCAUACUGUCCCUGCAGUUAUAUUUUCCUCCAGUGGCUUCAGGGGAAACAUGUUCCAUGAAUUUAACGAGGUGAUCAUCCCUCUGUACAUCACAUCACGACACUUUGAGUCCAACGUGCAGCUUAUACUUUCGGACUACAACCCUUUGUUUGUGAGCCGCUAUGCACAAAUUUUGUCACAUUUAUCAGGCUAUCAGGUUAUGAACCCUGCCACAAAUGGAAGCAUCCAUUGCUUCCCUGGCGGAGCUGUGGUUGGCCUCAAGUUCCAUGAUUUUCUGUCGAUAAACAUUUCCAGCAGUAUAAAUCCAGGAGGCUACUCCAUGUUAGACUUUAAGAAGUUUCUACAAGACUCAUACAAUCUCAAGGAAACUCAAGUGAGUACAAAGAAGCCCAAGUUGCUUCUCAUUUCGCGAGUGAAAUCAAGAGCGUUUUUGAAUGAAGAAGAGAUGGUAAACAUGAUGGAAGAGUUAGGCUUUGACAUAGUCAUUGCAAGGCCUAAACAGAUGUCCAACUUAACCGAAUUUUCUCAACUAGUCAGCUCAUGCAGUGUAAUGGUGGGAGCUCAUGGUGCUGGUUUAACGAAUGAGUUGUUUCUGCCUGUUGGCGCGGUGGUGGUGCAGGUGGUGCCGCUGGGGCUUGAAUGGGCUUCAGCUGUGUAUUUUGGUGAACCAGCAGGAGCCAUGGGGGUGCAUUACUUGGAGUACAGAAUCCAGCCGGAGGAGAGCUCGCUUAUCGACACGUAUGGUCGCAGUGAUGAGGUUAUUGCAGAUCCGGAGUCUGUGUUUGCUAAAAGUUUUGAAGCAGGGAGGGCUGUGUAUAUAACUGGUCAAAAUUUAAAGAUUAAUGUUUCCAGGUUUAGGGAGACUCUAGUUCAAGCUCGUCUACUUGUUGGAAAUGAUAGCUAAGCUCCCUGAGAAUGAGUUUGUAAAUGAUUCAACAUUAUUUGUACUACAACAUUUCAAUAACACACUCAAGAAACACUCCAUGUGGAGUUGUCACUUCA